AGGGGCUGGAAGGAAAUGAAUUUUGAAGCAGCACCUUUCAGCACCUUGCCGUACUACCCUGAUCCCUGCAUCCCGCGGUUUGUAGAAACUCCGAGCCCCUUCUCCUGGAAGGAGAGUUACUACCGAUCAGCCAUGUCCCAAAGCUCUCAGCCCAGGGAAUUCCUCAGCCCAGAGGUAAUCCAGCACAUCUGGGACUUCCUGGAACAGCCAAUAUGCUCGGUUCAGCCAAUUGAUUUAAACUUCAUUGAUGGCCCAUCUGAAGAUGGCUCCACAAACAAAAUUGAGAUCAGCAUGGAUUGUGUCCGGGUGCAGGACACGGAGCUGAAUGACCCCAUGUGGCCACAGUACACAAACCUGGGGCUCCUGAACAGCAUGGACCAGCAGAUCCAGAAUGGCUCUUCCUCCACCAGCCCGUACAACACGGAGCACGCGCAGAACAGCGUCACGGCCCCCUCGCCCUACGCCCAGCCCAGCUCGACUUUUGACGCCCUCUCUCCCUCCCCAGCCAUCCCUUCCAACACAGACUACCCAGGACCUCACAGCUUCGAUGUAUCAUUUCAACAGUCCAGCACAGCAAAGUCAGCAACAUGGACGUAUUCCACCGAACUGAAAAAGCUGUACUGCCAGAUUGCCAAGACGUGUCCCAUCCAGAUCAAAGUGAUGACCCCGCCGCCUCAGGGAGCUGUCAUCAGGGCUAUGCCGGUCUACAAGAAAGCUGAACACGUCACUGAAGUGGUCAAACGCUGCCCAAACCACGAGCUGAGCCGGGAGUUCAACGAGGGGCAGAUUGCGCCUCCCAGCCACCUGAUCAGAGUGGAAGGGAACAGCCAUGCCCAGUAUGUAGAAGACCCCAUCACUGGGAGGCAGAGUGUGCUGGUCCCCUAUGAGCCGCCCCAGGUCGGUACUGAGUUCACCACAGUCUUGUACAACUUCAUGUGCAACAGCAGCUGCGUUGGAGGGAUGAACCGCCGCCCAAUCCUUAUCAUUGUGACCCUAGAAACCAGAGAUGGGCAGGUCUUGGGCCGCCGGUGUUUCGAAGCCCGUAUCUGUGCUUGCCCAGGCCGAGACCGCAAGGCAGACGAGGACAGCAUCCGCAAGCAGCAAGUGUCUGACAGCACAAAGAAUGGUGAUGGUACGAAGCGCCCUUUUCGACAAGGAACUCAUGGCAUACAGAUGACUUCUAUCAAAAAAAGACGUUCCCCAGAUGAUGAGCUCUUGUAUUUGCCAGUGAGGGGACGGGAGACAUACGAAAUGCUGCUGAAGAUCAAAGAGUCCCUGGAGCUGAUGCAGUUCCUUCCCCAGCACACGAUUGAGACCUACAGGCAGCAGCAGCAGCAGCAGCACCAGCACUUGCUCCAGAAGCAUCUCCUUUCGGCCUGCUUCAGGAGUGAACUCAUGGACUCAAGGAGAGACCCUCCCAAACAGACUGAUGCCAUCCUAAAACAUUCCAGUCCCCCAAACCCAUCAGUAUAUCCGUAAACCGAGCUGGCAGGGUCACUUUGCCCAGCUGGCAGGACUAGGAACAGUGGGACAAAUACACAGCCUGAUAGCAGCAGAGUGAAUAGUGAGAGUAAACUUCUGAAGGGACUCAAACCUUGCAAAAACAACAGACACUUGUACAGACCUCUUAGCUGUAACCCAUAGCAUUGCGAGGCUGGGAACCACGAUGUCGUCUGUCUUGGUGUAACUUUUCUCCCCUUGGUGUAACAUUUUUGUAAUGUGUUAAUACCAUUUCUUCUUACUUCUGUAUUUGUGAAACUCGGCAGGGUUUCUCUGAGCAGGUCUCAAUUUUAAAAUGCCUUUUGUCUUGUUCAAGUUAAAAAAUGUGUCCAUGGACUGGGGAGAUGGAAGCAGAGGAUAUGUGUUUAAAUGGUCUGUGAUGGUCAAUUUGGCCUGUUUCAGUGCUGGUCAUGCAGUAUCAGUGUAAGUAGCUGAUGUAUUUUGUACUGCUGGACAGGGAGAGGUAAUUAUUAUAUGAACUGGCACUGCUAAGAAAUCCUUUUUUUUUCCUGCAGAAAAGCCCUCGACUUUGGCAUCAUGAGUUGUUUCCACUUAUUUCCAGCCCUAAAGGGUCUGAUGUAAAAGUACUUCAGAAUUGUAAGGAAGGCCAUGUGACUUUGACUUUGCAGCAGCUCUGCUGACUUUGAUCCAGAUUUAUUGGACUUGGGAGUUCCUCCAGACUCUGUGGGCUCUAUCCAAGUGGUGGGCUGAACUGCACAAGUUGAGUGUGUGGUAGAGUUGUAAUGAUAUCCAUGUGUGCCCAGCAUCCCUUUGCAGCCCAGGGUGUAAAAGGUAGAGUGUCCAAAACUCCCUAGUGCCCUAGCUGUGAAAAGGGGUUGGAGCUAGCCCCUCUCCUUACAGACGUUCAGCCCUAACAUUUUCAUCAACCCUCUUAUCUUUUGCCCCAUCUCACCAAGCCUCUUAGUUCAAAGGAAAGCAGUGUCAUCACAUGUUGCAGUUGACUCAGCCAAGUGGCCUCAGGCCAUGUCCACCUUGCCCAUUAUUCCUGCAACCAGAGGGUCUGCUAAUUGUGUCUGAAGUGCUUCUGGGUUUAGCAGUUCCUGCACAAAAGACUUUUUCUCAGCAAGGACUUGUAAAUUCUCACCCUGCUUUUAUCAAACUCUGUCUCUGGGAAAAAAGCCAGAUGCAGUUGGAGAAGACUCUUAUCUCUGACCAUCACAUCAUGUGCUUCCAGCAGCAGAGCAGGGAUCUGAGCAGGUGAUGACUCGUACCAACCUCUCCUUUGGGAGCCAUAUCCCAUCUCUGGCUAUCUCUAAUGUCUUAGCAAGACUUGCUCUUCCAUAGCAGUAUGGAGGAGGGCUGAUGGAAAAGAGCCCCCAAAACUGGGGUUAAGUCUAUAAAUAACAACUAAUUAAGGACUAGAAGUGCCUAUUUCAUAUAGUUGCAGCUCUACCAUUGCUCCUUGAGUAAAGCUAAUUAAAAUCAAGUGCCUUGCUACCUUGCCUGGAAAUUCCAGGAAGUUCUUUGAGAUCACAAAGCAGGUCACUAUUGUUCUGUGCCUUUUUAUUUGGGAAAAGAAAGGCAAUGUGAUUCUUUUCCCUGUGAGAGGUGGGAACCUGAACUGUAAAUGCAGCCCAGACAUAGGAUUAUGUUUGGCACUGUUUUCUGUUCUUCCAGUGAAGGUUUAUUCCUGGAUUUUUGUAUUUUCUGCUUCUGGGUGGCAAUAUGGAAGUACUGUCACAGGGAAAUCCUGAUCUGUAUUUAGAGCACUGCUCCUGAACCUGUUCACCAGCAAGUUUGAGGAGGCAUCCACAGCCUGCACUGGAAGAUUCCAAUUCAUCAUUUGGUUUGGCCUCUAGGAAAUGCUUUGUACUGUAAUGAGCAAUACAGUAUCCCAGACUUCCACUGAACAAGAAUGUAAAUUAUUUGGAUCCUAUUGUUUUCUGGAAAGCCUUUCUGAUUUGUCCCACUUGGCUGUAAAUGGAUGAUGAUUGUGAUGCUGAUCUUAGUGGUGACUUGAUUUGCUUUCCAACUACCAGGUGGUUGUAUUAGAAGGUGCUAUUCUUUUUUUCUUUUAUCAAAUACCUGGAGCUGAAAGCAAUUUGAGUUGCUCUGUAGUCUGUCCUCUGCAGAUAAAAUGAAAACUUUAUCCCAGGUGUCUUUUCAUUGCUUCUUUGCCAUCUCUGUGUCUUCAGGAAAAUGAGCCUUUUCCUUUCAAGGAAUAACCAAGUGGACUAACUGGGCCUUAUCAGGUACUCAAGGUUAUAUCAGUCUGUGUCAACUGCUUGAUAUAUAUCCACUCCCUGUAUUACAGCUCCAUUCCCUGGAGAGCAGAUUGCAUCCAUGGCCUGCCUUGAGAAAUUCCCAUACCUGAAAUCUAAGAGGAGUCAUUAUUGCCACUCUUGCCCUGUGCUGUAGUUCCUGUCUGCCCAGUAACUGCUGGAGCUCCUCCUUUCCCUGCUCCCAGUGAGGUACCAAGCCUUCAAACCACUGGAGUGAUUGAAAAGAUGCGCUGUUAUUUUCUUUAGAAUAGAAACGUUUUGGGAUGGGGGGAAUAAGGGCAUCUCUCAGCUUUUAAGUGUCCUGCUGCUUCAUGGGCCUUCGAAGCAGAUGAAUGGAACUGAGAAGCAUCUGUGUCACUUGUGUGCCCUUAUUAGACUACAUCAGUGACACCCCAGUGUUACACAGCCCUGUGGGAAGCCUUGCUUUAAAAACCAUUGUCCAUGAGCGCUCUGGCCUUGUGUGAACCUGGGAUGUGAUCCUUACUGUGGCUGUUGAAAGAGAGGGCAGACACAGAACUGGACAGCUCUGAUUCUGCUUGUGUGUCUCUGCACUGACUGGCUCUGGGUCUGCAGGAACAGCAAACUGCCAGCACAGGGGCUUUCGUGAAAUCUUAAACUCUGAGCCUGAUCUGCCCAAUUGCAUUUAAUGAAGCUUUGAUGUCAUGUAAGGCUGUUUACAUGGCUGUGUGCUCCUCUAGCCAACCAAGGACUCUGGGCUGCUCAGUUGUUGGUGUGUACCAGCAGUUUGCUGCCUCUGCUGAAGGGCUGGUAUCCAGUGAGCUGGGAAAAUGUAGAGUUAUACGAGGCUGUGAACUGAACUUUGUUCAUAUAUGGGUCAAGAAAGUUCCUUCCUGACCUCUUGAGAUGAUCAGUAUAUGCCUUGAAGCAUGAGCGACUGAUUGCCCUCAUAUGAGCUUGCAUAACUACAGAUGUUAUUUGCUAAAUAAUUACAUAGCCUCUUGAAGAGAGAAAACUCAGUUGCAGAAUGUGACUCAGUGCCUUUUGUAUCAGACUGUUCCAAGAAGUAUAAUAGUCACUUAAUUGAAGCCCUUAUACCUUGAUAUUAAAAUGCAUUUCAUUGGCAUUGAUAUCAAAGAAAUGUUAAUGCUCUGACUUCUUUCUUGAGACCUAGUAAGUAAAAUUUUAAUGAAAAUCACUGUGCAUGACAUUCUUAUAUCUGUUUUUAAAAAUGCAGGAAAAAAAGCAAUAUAUUUUAAAUGGGUCCUCAAACACCAUGUAGUCCUUGUGCUUCAUACCAAAAACAUUUUCUUGUGUUUCUAAGGCUCUUGCUAUAUUGAUGUGUGACAUUAAUUUUCAAUAAAAUUUUGCAUCUUGGUUUAUCUUGAGAUUUCUCUUUGGCUAGAUGGCCUUGUAAACAUCUGCUCAUGUGAUGGAAUAGCUUAGUUGAAACUAGUGUGGGUACAAAGAAAAAUGCUUUUGUUUUCUGUUUUACUCCCUUGAACUUGAUGAUGUUAAUCUUGACUCUAUGAGUAUGAAUGAGAUAAGCAUGAAGUCCCUAAGCUAUGUGUUAAAGUAUGCCUUUGUUUUCUAAAGUGUUUUCUAAAGUU